CAUUUCUCUCCCAUCCAAUAUAAACCACAGGCUCUGCUUCUUACACCACUUCACCAAUCCUCUUCAUCACACAAAAUCUUUUACCUAAGAACCACAGCAUUAAACAAAAUCCUUCCAAACUAGCUACACUUGAUAUUGUAGUUGCAAGAAAAGAAAAAAAAAAGAAGGUCGAAAAAGCAAAAACGCUCGAUUCUCAGUUUUCAGACUUUCGACUUUCGUAAAGACAGGUGUUUAAAAAUAUUGAGUGAAACAAUGGCAACAUCGAUUUGCGCUACUGGUUUAACUUCAUCUUUCCACGGGAGCUGCUGGCAGGGGAAAUCAUCUUUACUGGGUGGUGAAGAUUAUUCCAUGUUGGCGGCGAAGACGGUGGUUCCUGCCGGUCAAGUUCGGGUGGUGGGGAAGCCGGUGAGAUCACGGCCGAUGAUGGGAAACGUGAAUGCAGGGAAAGGUUUGUUUGCUCCCAUUGUUGUUGUGGUUCGUGACAUUGUUGGGAAGAAGAGAUUCAAUCAAUUGAGAGGCAAAGCCAUUUCUUUACACUCUCAGGUGAUAAAUGAAUUCUGCAAAACAAUUGGAGCAGACAACAAACAAAGACAAGGGCUAAUUCGAUUAGCAAAGAAGAAUGGAGAAAAACUUGGCUUCCUUGCUUGAUUUUUGGACCUUCACUGAUUUCUCCUAAUGCCAUAUCCAUGGCUAAGGGAGCACAUUUUCUAAGCUCAGAGAGAUUUGUAUAAACCCUAGUAGAUCACCUCCUUCAUCACAGGACGCAAAAAACAACCAUAUAUUUCAAUCACUUUCCUCUCUUUUUAGAAUUUUUAUUUAUUAAAUUACACUUGUGACUGUAAUUUUUGGUUUGCUUUUCUUCAUCCUUUGUUGUUGAAAUCGCAAUAGAAGAUACUUUAGAAUACCACUUCUAUCAAAUGUGGCUUCCUAUCUUUGCUUAGCGAAACGCUUGAAAUCAACCACAUUUCUUGAUAUAGAUUAUGCUGAUCAUCAUCUGCUUGGUGAAUAAAUUCUUCUAUGUGCAAUGUGAAUUCUAAAGCAAAAGGAAAAAUCCAAGAUAUACUCAACCAUUGCAAGUGAUUAUUUGCAACUGGCUUAGUACAUGUUUUAAGGUGGCAAGAACUCCAACGAAGUUGAAACCAUGGAAAGGAGAAAGAAGUGAAAAGACAAUGAAACUGAUGAGCUUAAACACGGAACCACCCAUUAUAACUCAAGCGAGUUCAUUUCUACGGGAUCAAUAACAACAAUAUUAAUGAAGCUCUAUGUAAUUUGGGUAUUUUGGUUGAUAAAUUCUACAAAAAGAGCCAUCGUAAAUCAGUUCACAGGAACAUAACUUCUAACAAAGUAAUGACAAUGCUUAUAUAAUUUUGAAAGAGCUUCCCUAAACUACUAUAGGCAAAACUGGCACCAAAAUGUUACAAGCAAGCAAAUAAAUCUCAUGAACUUUCUAUAUUGUUGUAGUAUGAGAUCGUCCUCAUCCACAACGUUUCUGCUGCAUCUGAAAUAAACCUCGCACACGAGCUAGAGAUUCUUCAGACGAAGUAUCUGUUGUUCUUCAUUGAUCGUUCCCGUUUGGAAUCAUC